AACCAACAUUAUUCUACUGCUUAGUGAAGUUUUGUCUUUAUAAGUUAAAAUGAAUAGCAAGUACAAACCUAAGCAUAGAAAGCCGUUAUCCCACAGAAAAAAAAAUAAAGGGAAUGUAAAGGCAUUUACUAAAACCACCAAUGCAUUUCAAUCAACGACAUCAUCAAUAUCUACGAAUACCAACAUCCACGGGAAAUGUAACUACUUGUUAACCAAUGAUGAUAUUUCAUUAGCUACCCCUCUGGAUACUACCGGGUACCAAAAUUCAUUGUUGGAUAUGACCAAUCAUUUACAACCUAGUUGUUCAUCACCAAUAAAUAAAGAAGUAAAUGUGUCAUCUUCGUUAUUCAAUACAGUUUUAAAUAUAUCACCAAUCAAUAAAUCAGAAAUAUUAUGCACAAAAGACCAAACACAAUACGAAGAAUAUCCAAAUUUAUGCAUUUCAGAUUCACCGGCGAAGAAUAAUACGGAAGAAAUUGAAGUAUGUGGUAGAUGAAUUGUAAAUAUAUUUAAUUUAUUCGAGGAAAUUAAAAAUAUUGACAAGCAUGACCCAUUUGA